CACACCCUGCGAAGUGCCCGGCACCCUUUGGGCGUCUCCCGCCUGUUAGCUGGAUAGCGGCGCGCGCCAGGCGUGGCUUCCUCGGCCGGUGGGCUCUGAUUGGACGCAGCAGGUAGAAGGGACAGGACUCUCCGCAGAAGUAGCUCAGCGAUUGGCCAGAAGCUAGAGGGAGCGUGGUCUUGGGAGGCGGGGCGGAGGGGGACGGGCAGGGCAGCUCUCGACGCUGAGGUGGUGGUGGCGGCCCCUGAACAAGUAAGCUGGCCACCCUCGGAGACCCCCGCGCUGGGGACGGGAGGCCGGAGAGCCUCGGGACCUCUGAAAGCCCUGAGGAGGCGCGGGGACACCAUGGCCGAGCUCCUGAAGGAGGAAGACAGCGAGGACGGCUCUGCGGAGCCCCCCGGGCCCGUGAAGGGCGAACCCGCCCACACUGCUGCCUCUGUAGCGGCCAAGAACCUGGCACUGCUUAAAGCCCGCUCCUUCGAUGUGACCUUUGACGUGGGCGACGAGUACGAGAUCAUUGAGACUAUAGGCAACGGGGCCUACGGAGUGGUGUCCUCCGCUCGCCGCCGCCUCACCGGCCAGCAGGUGGCCAUCAAGAAGAUCCCUAAUGCUUUCGAUGUGGUGACCAAUGCCAAGCGGACCCUCAGGGAGCUGAAGAUCCUCAAACACUUCAAGCAUGACAACAUCAUCGCCAUCAAGGACAUCCUGAGGCCCACUGUGCCCUACGGCGAAUUCAAAUCUGUCUAUGUGGUCCUGGACCUGAUGGAGAGUGACCUGCAUCAGAUCAUCCACUCCUCACAGCCCCUCACGCUGGAACACGUGCGGUACUUCCUGUACCAACUGCUGCGGGGCCUGAAGUACAUGCACUCGGCUCAGGUCAUCCACCGUGACCUCAAGCCCUCCAACCUAUUGGUGAAUGAGAACUGUGAGCUCAAGAUUGGUGACUUUGGUAUGGCUCGUGGCCUGUGUACCUCACCCGCUGAACAUCAGUACUUCAUGACUGAGUAUGUGGCCACUCGCUGGUACCGUGCCCCCGAGCUCAUGCUCUCUUUGCAUGAGUACACACAGGCUAUUGACCUCUGGUCUGUGGGCUGCAUCUUUGGUGAGAUGCUAGCCCGGCGCCAGCUCUUCCCGGGCAAAAACUACGUACACCAGCUACAGCUCAUCAUGAUGGUUCUGGGUACCCCAUCACCAGCUGUGAUUCAGGCUGUGGGGGCUGAGAGGGUACGGGCCUAUAUCCAGAGCUUGCCACCACGCCAGCCUGUGCCCUGGGAGACAGUGUAUCCAGGUGCCGACCGCCAGGCCCUAUCACUGCUGGGUCGCAUGCUGCGUUUUGAGCCCAGCGCCCGCAUCUCAGCAGCUGCUGCCCUUCGCCACCCCUUCCUAGCCAAGUACCAUGACCCUGAUGAUGAGCCUGAUUGUGCCCCGCCCUUUGACUUUGCCUUUGACCGAGAAGCCCUCACUCGGGAGCGCAUUAAAGAGGCCAUUGUGGCUGAGAUUGAGGACUUCCAUGCAAGGCGCGAGGGCAUCCGCCAACAGAUUCGCUUCCAGCCUUCUCUGCAGCCUGUGGCUAGUGAGCCUGGCUGUCCAGAUGUUGAGAUGCCUAGCCCCUGGGCUCCCAGUGGGGACUGUGUCAUGGAGUCUCCCCCACCAGCCCUGCCAGCGUGCCCCGGCCCUGCACCUGACACCAUUGAUCUGACCCUGCAGCCACCCGCAGCAGCCAGUGAGCCUGCCCCACCGAAGAAAGAGGGUGCCAUCUCAGACAACACUAAGGCUGCUCUCAAAGCUGCGCUGCUCAAGUCCUUGCAGAGCCGGCUCAGAGAUGGCCCCAGCGCACCCCUGGAGGCUCCUGAGCCUCGGAAGCCAGUGACAGCCCAGGAGCGCCAGCGGGAGCGGGAGGAGAAGCGGCGGCGGCGGCAAGAGCGAGCCAAGGAGCGGGAGAAACGGCGGCAGGAGCGAGAGCGAAAGGAACGGGGGGCUGGAGCCUCUGGGGGCCCCUCCACUGACCCCCUGGCUGGACUAGUACUCAGUGACAAUGACCGAAGCUUGUUGGAACGCUGGACUCGAAUGGCCCGGCCCCCAGCCCCAGCCCCCACCUCUGUGCUAACCCCUGCCCCAGCACCAACGCCAACCCCAGCCCAGCCUACCAGCCCUCCCCCUGGCCCUAUAGCCCUACCCGCUGGCCCCCAAUCACAGCCUGCAGGUUCCACCUCUGGCCCUGUACCCCAGCCUGCCUGCCCACCCCCUGGCCCUGCACCCCACCCCACUGGCCUUCCUAGACCUAUCUCUGUCCCUGCAUCACUCCAGGUUGCCACUUCUACCAGCCUCCUGGCUCCCCAGUCACUUGUGCCGCCCCCUGGGUUGCCUGGCUCCAGCACCCCAGGAGUUUUGCCUUACUUCCCAUCUGGCCUGCCACCUCCAGAUGGAGGGGGAGCCCCUCAGUCUUCCAUGUCAGAGUCACCUGAUGUCAACCUGGUGACCCAGCAGCUAUCUAAGUCACAGGUGGAGGACCCCCUGCCCCCUGUGUUCUCAGGCACACCAAAGGGCAGUGGGGCUGGCUACGGUGUUGGUUUUGACCUGGAGGAAUUUUUAAACCAGUCUUUCGACAUGGGCUUGGCUGAUGGGCCACAGGAUGGCCAGGCAGAUUCAGCCUCACUCUCAGCCUCCCUGCUUGCUGACUGGCUCGAAGGCCAUGGUAUGAACCCUGCCGAUAUUGAGUCCCUGCAGCGUGAGAUCCAGAUGGACUCCCCAAUGCUACUGGCUGACCUGCCUGACCUCCAGGACCCCUGAGGCCCACAGCCUGUGCCUUGCUGCUAUAGUGGACCUAGUUCCAGGAUCCAUGGGAGCAUUCUCAGAGGCUUUAGCUCUGGACCCAGCAGGUGAGGCUCAGCUUGGAUUAUUCUGCAGGUUCUUCUCAGACCCACCUUUCAGCCUUAAGCAGCCACCUGAGCCACCACCGAGCCAUGACAGGAUCGGGAGAUCCCGACUCCCCCUGAACAAUCCUUUUCAGUAUUAUAUUUUUAUUAUUAUUAUGUUAUUAUUACACUGUCUUUUUGCCAUCAAAAUGAGGCCUGUGAAAUACAAGGUUCCCUUCUG